AUGAUAUAUGAAGUAUUGAGAUCAUCACAUGAAGGAAUGUUUCCAAGUCAAGAUGGAGAAUAUAGUAUGAAGUAUUCAGGUAAGACUAGAGAGGUUUAUUUGUUUGUUUGUAAGGAUUUAAAGGUUCUUACUAGAAGAGGUGAUGUAGCUUCUGGUAAACGUGGAGUGACUGUGGGUAGUUUGGUGAGUAAGAUUGUGAAAUCGAUAUUAGGCAUCACAGGUGUGACAAUUACCGGUACCAAAUUUCACCCAGACUCUGGUGCACCACCACUUCUUGUCAGAUCCAGUUCAAUUCGACUUCAAUCAUCUCCAUUUUCACUUCUAUCAUCUUCUUUUUGUCAAUCUCUUUGGAUUCACAUUGUUCAAAGUUCUCUCUUUGACUUGGAUCAGAUCCAUCAAUUUACUACUUGGAUUGGUUGUUCAUUUUCAUCUCAGGAUGGGAUUGAAGCCUAUUCUUGUGAAGCUGGAUCAUCUUCAACUUCCCUCAUUUUAUUUCUCUUGGACUUAUAUCGAUUGGUCACUUCUGGAUUGAACUUGAUCUCAAAGGAUCGAUUUCUUGUUGUUACAAUCAAAGCUCAAUCAUCAAGAUGCCCAAAACCAAGACAAAGACAGCGCAUCCAAUACAAAGACAGAUUUUCUUUGCUCCCGCCCAGUCUUGAACCUGCACCCUCUGGAAGAAGUGUACGCACAAAACACAACUCAUCUGCUCAACCCGCUGCCCCAGCUUCAAGUACUUCCCAAGCUCAAAGGAAGUCUAACCAGUCCAACAAGACCAACAGCAAUUCCAACACGCCAGAAAACUUACUUGGAUCAAGUUGCGGAAUCCCUUUCAACCUCUCUAGUGAAGCUCACAAGCAAGUCUUGAAGAUAUGUGAGGAUACUCGACCAGAAAAUCAAGUCAUUGAAACAAUUGGGUUCCUCUCUUAUAUCCAGCGAACUGUCAAGAGCGGAUUGGCAAAUCGGCCACUUGCUCUCCAGUCUGCUGCUGUUGACAGUUGGAAGCCUUCUGAUGUACUAAAGAAGUAUAUCAAAUCGAAAGACAAAGAAUUCAUAGCAGCUCAGUACCCUCCUGGGUAUGGAACCCCUGAUGGGUCUGCAGCAACCAAGGCUGUUAACGACUGGGCCAAUCGAUUGGCCACCGACACACGUAGCCGUUUACGUAACGUACUGCUUACCAACGUCAAACCAGUGGGUAAAACAAUUCCCACCCACCCCAUGCCCAGUCUUAAGCACCUGGUUAGUUUGCAGGUCCACCACACGUUUAUCCUUCAAACUGACCCUCGGACAGAGGACCAAAUAUUCGCAAAUGUCUCAAAAGACUUCAAACAUCGGCUGGCUCUUUUGUUGACGCUUGCGUGCUGUGCACACUUUCCAAAUUCCAAGCACUGA